AUGGAUAACAGCAAGCCAGUGAAGACGCCUCAAGAUCCCGGCCUGAAGCUAACCAAGAACAUGUGUGAACAAGAAUGCAAGCACGAAGACACCAUGUGCAACGUGCCAUAUCGAAGUGCUGUCGGAGGCAUCAUGUAUCUCAUGGUCGCCACACGUCCGGAUCUAGCUGCUGCAGUGGGAUCAUUAUCCCAGUUCUCGUCCGACCCAUGCCCGACUCACUGGCAAGCUUUGAAGCGUGUGCUGAGAUACCUGCAAGCAACGCCCAACCAUGGUCUUGAGUUUACACGUGAAGAAGGAAGCCGUAUCUGCGGGUACACCGACGCAGACUGGGCCGGCGACAUUGAGUCAAGACGAAGUACAAGCGGCUAUGUGUUCAUGGUGAGCGGAGGAUGCAUCAGCUGGAAAAGCCAGAAACAACGGACGGUCGCGCUAUCUUCAACAGAAGCAGAAUACAUGGCGCUUUCCGAAGCAACCAAAGAAGCAGUAUGGCUCAAGGUGCUUUUGGGGGAACUUGGUGAGAUGACAAGCGACGAAGCGAUCAAGAUGUAUGAAGACAACCAAGGAUCAAUCGCUCUCGCCAAGAACCCGGAGUUCCAUAAGAGAACAAAACACAUCGACAUACGCUACCAUUUUGUGCGUGAGAAGGUGGAAUCAGGUGAAGUCGUUUUGGAGUAUUGCCCGACUCAAGAUAUGCUGGCAGACAUGAUGACCAAGCCGAUCGCCGCUGUACAAUUUGAAAACAUUCGCGAUCGACUUGGGAUCCAAGGUGCCGCAGCUAACGAGUCGAGAGGGAGUGUUGAAAAGACAGCAGCUGUGAAGAAGACACCUCGUCAAGCUGCGUCAAGUGUUGAAGCAAGUGGAAGACCAAGCUUCGCUAUACCGGUGGGUACCGGUAUGUACCAGUAA